AUACAACAGGAGCGCAAGAUGGCGGAGCCGCCGAGCCCCGGGCACGGGGCCGCCGCUGCCGCCGCCGCCUCCGAGAAGGAACCGUUCGGCAAGCUGCAGCCCCCGUCCCGGGACCCACCAGGCCCUCUGUCCGCCAAGAAGGUCCGGACUGAGGAGAAGAAGGCGCCACGGAGACUGAACGGGGAAGGGGGCAGCGGCGGGAACAGCAAGCAGCUGCAGGCGCCGGCGACUCCCUCGCCUCAGAGCUAUGGCAGCCCGGCGCCUUGGAGUUUCGCCGCGCUGCCGGCCGCCCCCUCCCCGGCCGCCGCUCGGAGCGGUUUCUCUUUCUCCGCCGGCGCGGCCGUCCCCUCCUCAGCCUCCGCGUCCUCGUCUCAGCCGCUGCCGCGCAAGCUGCUGGUGUCCUCCGCGCUGUUGCACGCUCAGCCCCACCGCCUGCUGCUGCCGGCCGCCGCCGCCGCGGCCCGCGCCAAGCCGCGCAGACCCAAGGAGAAGCGCGAGAAGGAGCGGAGGCGGCACGGCCUCGGCGGCGCGGGCGAGCCCGACUGUAAGCUGUGUGGAAUCUGGGGCUGUGAUGAUCUUGUUUCCGGUCAGGCCCUCAACCUUUGGGUACUUGAUAACUGGGAAAUGAAUGAGUUUCACUACAUUCCAGCCCUUUUUGCCUACUCAGAAGAGAUGUCUGAUUGUCAGGAAAAUGUUGGCAGGUAUUUCAAAAAAGACAAAAUUAGAGAGAGAGAGAAAGAAAAAGACAGAGAAAAAAAGAAGCAUAAAGUAAUGAGUGAGAUCAAGAAAGAAAAUGGAGAAGUAAAGAUUUUGCUGAAAAGUGGGAAGGAUAAACCAAAAACAAAUGUUGAAGACUUACAAAUUAAAAAGGUAAAGAAGAAAAAGAAAAAGAAACACAAAGAGAAUGAAAAACGGAAGCGUCCGAAAAUGUAUAGCAAAUCUAUUCAAACCAUCUGCUCAGGAUUGCUCUCUGAUGUUGAAGAUCAAGAAGCCAAAGGCAUCUUAAGUGAUAACGUAAAGGAUUACCGUGGAAAGAAUUUGGAUACCAAGAACUAUGAUUCCAAAACUCCAGAGAACAGUGAGUUUCCAUUUGUCUCAUUAAAGGAGCCACGGGUUCAGAAUAACCUUAGAAGGUUGGAUACUUUGGAGUUCAAACGGCUCAUUCAUAUUGAGCACCAGCCUAAUGGAGGUGCAUCCGUUAUCCACGCCUACAGUAGUGAGCUCUCCCACCUGUCUCCUGUGGAGAUGGAGAGGUUCGCAGAAGAAUUUGUGGGCCUGGUGUUCAGUGAAAAUGAAAACUCUGCAGCUUUCUAUGUAAUGGGUAUUGUUCAUGGGGCAGCUACUUACUUACCUGACUUUUUAGACUACUUUUCAUUUAAUUUUCCCAAUUCGCCAGUGAAAAUGGAGAUAUUGGGAAAGAAAGAUAUAGAGACAACGACUAUGUCCAAUUUUCAUGCUCAGGUAAAAAGAACAUAUUCUCACGGUACUUACAGAGCUGGCCCAAUGCGACAGAUCAGCUUGGUGGGAGCAGUUGAUGAAGAAGUGGGAGAUUACUUCCCUGAGUUCCUUGACAUGUUGGAAGAUUCACCAUUUUUAAAAUGUACACUGCCAUGGGGGACACUAUCUAGUCUAAAAUUAGAGAGUCGAAAAGAUAGUGAUGAUGGUCCCAUCAUGUGGGUACGCCCAGGAGAACAAAUGAUCCCUGUGGCUGAUAUGCCAAAGUCACCUUUCAAAAGGAAAAGGACUACCAAUGAAAUAAAAAACCUGCAGUACCUACCUCGAACUAGUGAGCCCCGUGAGAUGCUCUUUGAAGACAGGACAAGAGCCCAUGCAGAUCAUAUAGGACAAGGUUUUGAACGACAGACUACAGCUGCUGUUGGAGUGUUGAAGGCUGUGCACUGUGGAGAAUGGCCUGAUCAACCCCGAAUAACCAAAGAUGUAAUUUGUUUUCAUGCUGAAGAUUUCUUAGAAGUAGUUCAACGAAUGCAGUUAGAUUUACAUGAACCUCCACUGUCUCAGUGUGUCCAAUGGGUUGAUGAUGCAAAACUUAAUCAACUGAGGAGGGAAGGCAUUCGCUAUGCCAGGAUUCAGCUGUAUGAUAAUGACAUUUAUUUUAUUCCAAGGAAUGUUGUUCAUCAAUUCAAGACAGUUUCAGCUGUAUGCAGUUUAGCGUGGCAUAUUCGGCUCAAGUUAUAUCACUCAGAGGAGGACACUGCUCAGAACACAGCUACUCAUGAAACAGGCACAUCACCAGAUUCCACAUCAUCAGUUCUUGGACCUCACACUGACAACGUGAUUUGUGCUGUGAGCAAAACCUCCUUGGAUUCUGUUUUUUCAGAGAAACUUCAUUCUAAAUAUGAAUUACAGCAGAUUAAACAUGAACCUAUUGCAUCUGUAAGAAUCAAAGAAGAACCUGUGAAUGUGUAUAUUACUGAAAAGACUAGAGCACCGAAUAAUACGGAUGGCAAGAAUGUUAAAGCAAAAUUGGAUCAUGUUCAAUUUACAGAAUUUAAGACUGACGUGGACUCUGAAUUUGAAAAUAGCAACAAAGAUUUAAAGGAAGAAUUGUGCCCUGGAAGUCUCAUAAGUCUAGUUGAUACAAGGCAACAUAGUUCAGCACAUUCAAAUCAAGAUAGAAAAGAUGAUGACGUUUUGUGCUAAAUUUGUACAUACCAUUUAAAAUUCUCUUUUUUUUAAACUUAAUAAUGUAAUAAAGAUUCAUGAAUUCUGAAAGCAA